UAAUAAAAAUACAAAUACUUGUAAUUACGUACAAGCUUAUGCAGCUAUAUUUAUACAAUCUACUCUUAAACUAAUUUCUAGGAUUUGUGCCUUACGUACUGUUUUGUCGGAUGUUACGUGAACGGCACAUCACUCGGCAAACAUGGCGCCGGCCAAAAAACGCAACGUGAGUUCGGCGAAAACAAGCCAACAAAGUGUAAAAACAGCUAAAAUCGACUUAAAUGGCAAAGUCGAGAGUAUACUUGAGAGUAGAAAACAAGCCAACGACGUUUUUGACGUCCUCGAGGUCCUUCAGUCAGAAAAAGAGAAGGAUGUUGACAGUGCUGCCGGUGCGUGCGGCAAAUUGUUCUGCACCUUGUUGGAGAGGAAGGAGCUCUUCAUCGGUAAACUACCUGGAGAGGAGGAGGAAGCGUUGGGGGGGGGGCACAGUGCUGAAGAGAAGUACCGCAUGUUCAUGAGACACCGUUACAACAGCUGUGUGGAGAUGCUGCUUGAGCACCUCACCCAUGAACUUCAUGGAGUCAAGGAGAGUGCCCUCUGCUGCCUUAUGAAGUUUGCUGCAGCAGAAGGACAGCAUCCCCUCGAGGACUUGGACUGGAGUGAACACUACAGCUUUCCAAGAGAACUCAUCCUGGCAGUGGUGGAAAGGCUGCUUUCCAAAACUACAGACAAUUCACUGCUCAUCUCCAGAUUCCAGGAGUUCCUUGAGAUGGAGGAUGUACGCUAUUACGUCAUGAGCUCUGUCCGGGAGAAUGUGGGCAAAGUCAUGGACAAAAGCAAAGGGGCAGUGAUGCCUGUAUAUCAGACCAAUGUGUUCACCCUCGUGUCCAACAUCAGUGUGCCCAGCCAGGAGUCAGAGCUCACCAACUUCAUGGUCAAACAGGAAGCCAAGCAUGAGGACUGGAAAGCUGCUAAACUGAAUGAACACAAGCGUGUCUUUGAGAAGAUGUGGCUGGGCUUUCUCAAGUACAAGUUGCCAAGCAACAUGUAUAAAAAGGUCCUGGUGAUCCUCCAUGACUCCAUUUUGCCCCACAUGAGUAAACCCACACUGAUGAUUGACUUCUUGACUGCUGCCUAUGAAGUUGGUGGCGCUAUCAGCCUGCUGGCCCUCAAUGGCCUUUUUGUCCUCAUACAUCAACACAACCUAGAUUACCCUGAUUUCUACAAGAAGUUGUAUAAUCUGCUUGAGCCUUCUAUUUUCCACGUGAAGUACAGAGCACGCUUCUUCCACCUAGCUAACCUCUUCCUUAGCUCCAGUCACCUGCCGGUAUACCUGGUGGCUGCGUUUGCCAAACGCCUGGCUCGCUUGGCUCUCACAGCACCGUCUACAGGCCUCCUCAUAGUGCUACCUUUCAUCUACAACCUGAUCCGUCGCCACCCAUCCUGCAGAGUCCUUGUUCACAAGCCCAGCACAGAAGAUGAGCCUUUGGAAGACCCGUAUCUAAUGGAUGAAGAGGAUCCUGCUCAGUGCCGUGCCUUAGAGAGCAGCUUGUGGGAGAUUAAGACACUGCAGAAGCAUCACCAUCCAGAUGUGGCCAAAGCCGCUAUGUUGAUCAACACACCACUGCCAGAAAAAGAGGAUGACAUUAGCGAGGUGCUGGAGAUAACAACAUAUGAGCUGAUGGAGAGAGACUUGAAGCAGUCUCAGAUCAAGAACAUCCCACUGGAGUUUGAAACUGCCACCCAGUUACUAAAAGGAGUCGGAGAUGUGUUAGGACAGCACUUCUGUCUGGAUUAAAAUAAGUAAAUAAAACAAGAAACUGCAUUCACAGUGUGGUAUGAAUUUCUGGGACCAGUUCAUCUGCCAAGGUGAAUGUUUGCACCAAUUUGCCCUGAACAGGAAGGCUGGGACAGGCUUCUCUUCCUAAAAAAAACCUAUAAAUCCUUCUUUGAGACCAGCACCGGCUAGAACAAGAGAGUAAGAACAACAGUAAUACAUCUGGAGUUGUGUUAUGUUUUUCUCCAUGACCAUUGAUAUGUAUAGUUUUCAUCAAUAAAAACAUUUUACAAAGCU